UCUAGAAGGGUCCUCCCUCUUAUCUUUUUCCAAAUUAACCCAAAAAUCAUCUUUCUUUCAUAUUAGCCACAACAAAAUUAAUUGUAUAUAUACAUUUUUAUUUUUUAUUAUUUACAUUUUUAUACUUUCUCUCACUCACUCACUCUCUUUCUCUCUCCUCUUUCACACAUAUCCACAGAAGCAGACAUGGAUGACAACAGAAACAACCCAGAAGAAAAACAUCAGUUACAACAUCAUCACCUAUUAAACAUUUCUUCUUCCACUGCAGCAGCAACCACCACCAGCAGCAGCAACAGCAAAGACGACCUUCAGAAGAAGUCGCAACAACAACAACAUCAACAGCCGUUAGCGCCAAAGAGAACUUCUAACAAAGACAGACACACAAAGGUUGAUGGCCGAAGCCGAAGAAUCAGAAUGCCUGCCCUUUGUGCUGCAAGAGUUUUUCAGCUAACAAGAGAAUUGGGUCAUAAAACUGAUGGUGAAACUAUUCAAUGGCUGCUUCAACAGGCUGAGCCUGCGAUCGUUGCUGCUACUGGCUCUGGAACUAUUCCUGCUUCAUUUCUUACCGCCUCGGCUUCUGGGGCAUCGUCUGUGUCGCCGCAGGGCGCGUCUGUAUCUUUGGGAUUGCACGCCAAGAUGAAUGAAUUGAGGGCUGGUGCUGAGGUGGGGAAUCGGGUGAAUUGGGCGAAUUUUGGUGAUGGGUUGGGAAGAUCUCAAUCAAUUUGGCCGUCUAUUGGAAGUGGGUAUGCACAGAAUUUUGAUGGUUGUUCUGCUACUGCUGCUUCGAAUUUAGUCAGUCAAAAUUCUGGUUAUGUCACGAAUUUUCAAUUGCAAGGAGUUGGAAUGCCAACUGCUAAUAUGGGAUUACUGAGUUUUACUCCGAUUUUGGCUCGGGGAACUCAGGUUUCCGGCCUUCAACUCGGGCUUUCACAAGAUGGGCAUGGUGGUGUUAUUGGACAAAUUUAUCAGCAGCAGCAGCAGCACCAACAACAGCAACAUCAUCACCAAGCGCAGGAUCAUGAACAAAAUGAUAAUUCAGGUGCUGCUGCUGCUGAAACCGUGCACUCGCAUCAGCACCAGCAUCAACAGCAGCACUUGCAGUCGCAUUCUAAUGAUGACAAUUCAAGAGAGCAAUGAAUUCAUAUUGCUUUCUUUGUUGUUUGUUUGCAUUUUAUUUUUGUUUUUGAUUUAUAUAUAUUGUAAGUAUGUUUUGUGAAUUGUGGAAAUAGGGGGAUUGUUGAGGAAUGUUUUCAUUUUCGGAAAAAAAAAAAGAAGGAUUAAGAGGGUUGCAUUUAA